AUGUUAGCAUGUUACUAUGAGUUUCGGCUUCGAUGGUGGUUGCUUUUUGUGGCCAUUAGUUAUUACAACUGUUUUGUUGUUGCUCAAACCACCAUACAACCACUGAAUCUCCAGGUGCUUGUCGGAGGAAGUGCUUCAUUUGUAUGUAACAGUGCAGAGAAUAAAACAUGGUCUUGGUAUAAAGUAGACCGAAAUUUCAACGAUUCAAAAAUUUGGGAAGAAGGUACAAAUCCUAUACCUGCAUAUGCAUUUUUUGUUGAUGGCCAAAGAGGAAAAAGUAGAUUCACAAUAUUAAAUACGACAUUGGACGAUGAUGAAACUCAAUAUUACUGUAAAUGUGGAUCUACAUCAAAUAAAACAACUUUAGAAGUCAUCGUGGGAACGAAGUUGGAUAAAAGCUAUCCACAAUGCGAAGCUGACUUUACGUCAUUAAACACAAAGAAUAAAGUCACGAUGACAUGCAGGGCUAAUGGAGGUUAUCCAAGACCAUCGCUACAAUGGUACAGAAACGGAGAAAUAUUAGCAACGCAGGAAGAUAUUGUAAGUAAUAAAAAUGACGAUGUUGCAUAUUUUUAUGAAUUUACACGUGAAAUGACAGUUCAGGUUGAGACAGCAGUCUACACAUGUAGAGCUGAUGGUCCAGCCGUUGAAGGGAACCAGAAUUGUUCCAUAUCAGUGGCAACUCCCCCGACGGUCACCAUCAUUGCUAGCACAACAUAUUUUAAUGCUGGUGAUUCAUUGGAAUUUGCAUGUAUAGUAAUGAGUCCAUGGAAUAUCGUAGAUUACAAGUGGACUGUAAAUAAUCAGUCAUUGACGUCAACAAACGCAAUAUUUAAAAACGAUAAGAGUACAAUCAUUAUAUCACAUUUACAAUCAGAAGAUGCAGGAAAAGAGAUCGGAUGCAACGCAAUUACGUCUUCUGGAUUGAAUGGUAAUGAUUCUGUAAUCAUUUCAUUAUUUGAUAUAGAUCAGAAAAAUAAUCAAUUCCAAUUAAUAACAAUUGUGGUUGGAGGAGUUAUAGCCUUGGCACUGUUAUGUGUUACUCUGUUCCUAUUAAUCAGACAAAGGCAGAAACAAAACAGAACUAACAAAACGACUGUUUUGAGAACAACUAGCAUUGCACAGGGUGCACCUCUGGAUGGUCAAGAUUUUUGCAUAUCUGAGGAAAACUCUGCAUAUGGUAACAACACCUCUUUCCCCAUUUCCGGAAAUCCUUGGGCAACCCUUCAUCAUUAUUAUGAUCACAUUGAUGUGAAUGGUGACCAAGAGAACGUUCCAAGGUGAAGACCAUCUAUUGGCUUUGCAAACAGCGUUAAUACAGCAUCAUUGGGUAGUUUUAAACGCGUUGCUGAUUUGGAGUUUUGAAUCAAACCAGGAGUACAUUUCAUAUAAAUACAACCAUACUGCUAGCAAUGAUGUGUAUGCAUAUCCGUUUGCAGAAACACAUAAGUCAGAUGCCAAGUGAAAUGAUGCACCAAAUGAUAAUGGACAUAUAUAUGCUAAACCAAGAAAAGGAGCGCAGAACCAAGAUACACGAUCUUUUGAUGGAAUAUUUGAUUUGGGAGAUCUAUAGGCCUAUAUGCAAAACCAGUAAAGGAAAAGCAGAACUCCGAUACACAAUCAAUUGAUGGAAUAACUGAUUUUGGAGAUCUAUAUGAAAAGCCUGUCAAACAUAGAAAAACUUCUUUUUCCUUGAAAACAGAUUCAAGGAACAUUUAUUAAUCAUAUAGGCCUAUGCCCAAAUAAUAUACAAAGUAUGAUAUUAUUAACAAAAUUAGAGUGCAUCUAAAUAUUUUUUUCUACGUUUAAAUGAGUAAAAUAAGCAUGUUGAUAACUUUGAAAUGAUAUCAACAUUUUUAGUAGACAUUAAAGUAAGAAAUUUGAAUUCAGACGGAGUGUCUGUGUAACAGGAAAAUAGAAAUUUAGUUCUAAUGUCUGAAUAAAAAGGGCAAACAAAGGUAAAAUGAUAUUCAUCUUCGACUUUUUGUAACGAACAUAAUUUGCAUAAUCUUUCAUUUCUAUUAACAUUAUACCAUACUCCUCUUUCUAAUUCUAAUGCUAAUAUCCCCAAUCUUAAUUUAGUAAGGAUUUGUUUAUGUCUGUGAUUGUCUACAUUUCUUAGCUAAUCCUCUACUCUGAAUUCAUGUUUAAUUUUGUGAAUAUAAUUUUAAUUUAAAUGUUGCCUAAUUUCUUCAAAAAACCUUUGAUUCUCUAUGUCUGUUAACAUUUGUUUUAAAUUUAAUACAAACUCAUUAAUAUCGUUGACUUUUUGUGCAUGCCAAAUAUCUCCAAACCCAAUGGAACAUAAUAUAUUUUUUACAUCUAAGGCCCAACAAGGCUCGUUUCUUUGUGUUUUUCUGUAUUGAAAGUCAUAGCAUUGCAUAACAAAUUUUUCGCUGUCCAUAUAAAUCAGUCUUAACCAAUACCUAAUAACGUUAACAAAACAUGCAACAUGUAUGGGGUAUCUCCCGCAUUCUCCUCUAACACUAAUAUUGGGUGCUGAGUUGCCAACUCCUAAUAUGUAAUUACAGAAUUUCAUUUGUAUCUUAUCAAUAGACAGUGUACUGGAACAGACAGUCCCUGUGGCGGACGACGAGAGUUGCUGGUACCGGGUUACCAGGUAGCACAGACACGAAGGGACCCUUAGGGGGGAAGAAAGUCAUUGAUCGAGUUCCUUAGUCCACAUAUCAAGCGCCCUGAGCAUCUUACACUAGAUGGAUAUCUGCGCUAUAUACACUAUUAUUAUUAUUAUUAUUAUUAUUAUUAUUAUUAUUAUUAUUAUUAUUAUUAUUAUUAUUAUUAUUAUUAUUAUUAUUAACUAAUAAAUACUUAUAUGAUUUGGAAAUUUCGAUUGUAGUCCCAUUGUAAUUCCAUUUUUCAUAUUUCUUAAGUUUAUUCCAUUUUUCAAAAACAACAAUGUUACUUUUGUUAACAUUUACAGUGCAAUCCAUGACUCACAAUAUCUUGAUAAUUUAUUUAAAUAAUUUUGUA